CCGACAGAUCGGUUUUCUGGAUUUACCGUCAGCGACAACAACAAAAUGGCAACCUCCUUGAAAAAGGUUUUGUGCCCUGAAACGCGGCAAUUAUUUCGCUUUUUCUCCGGAUUAGAGUGCCGAUCGCUUUCGCAUGCAAGGAGCGUCUAUGGAGGCCCAGCCUCUAAGAACCAUGAGGCAAAAAGACGCUAUUCUACCCCUGUGCUGGCACGCGCCCAAUAUGGUGGCCGCCACACUGUCACACUCCUUCCUGGUGAUGGAAUCGGACAGGAGCUGAUGCCACAUAUCAGAGAGGUGUUCAGAUGUGCUGGUGUACCAGUUGACUUUGAGGAAGUAGAGCUGACCAACGAAUCUGAUGAAAAUGACAUGGAAAAUGCUCUUCUUGCAAUCAAACGAAAUGGAGUCUGCUUAAAAGGAAAUAUUGAAACAGACAUAGUCAAAGCAGGCCAUCGUUCAAAGAAUAUUGACUUAAGGACAAGUCUCGAUCUUUUUGCACACAUUAUUCAUGUGAAGAACAUCCCUGGUGUGGCCACCCGUCAUGACAAUAUCGAUAUUGUCAUGAUCCGUGAGAAUACUGAGGGGGAAUACGCAAAUCUUGAACAUGAGAAUGUCCCAGGCGUUGUUGAAAGUUUGAAGAUCAUAACCCGUGAGCGAUCCACGAGAAUAGCUGAGUUUGCUUUUGAAUACGCACAAAAAAAUGGGAGGAAGAAAGUCUCGGCCAUUCACAAAGCUAACAUCAUGAAAUUAGGAGAUGGUCUAUUCCUAGAGUGCUGCCACAAGGUUUCUGAGCGAUAUCCCGAUAUCAACUUUGAAGGAAUGAUCAUAGAUAAUGCCAGUAUGCAGAUGGUGUCUCGACCCGAGCAGUUUGACGUAAUGGUGAUGCCUAAUCUAUAUGGUAACAUCAUCAGUAACAUCGGAGCAGGUUUGGUUGGGGGGCCUGGCAUCAUUGCUGGCAGGAAUAUCGGCAAGAACUAUGCUAUCUUCGAAACGGGUAUCCGAGGAUCACUCCGCCACAAGGUAGGAGGUAAUGUGGCUAAUCCUUGUGCUUUGUUGACAGCUGCUGCCGACAUGCUGGACUACAUCGGCUUGCCAAAUCAUUCGCAGCUCAUUGCAGACUCUGUACACAAAGUAAUAAGCCAGCUAAAGAUCCACACUCCUGACCUGGGAGGACAGAACACCACUAAUGAGAUUGUAGAAGCAGUUAUCAGUGAUAUCAAGCAGAAGACUGCGACUUAUGAUUAGUAGGAAGGACAUUGCAUCAUACCAGUUUGUUCAGCAAAGACAAUUUGUCUGUUUUUCCUUGGGGUAGUGUGGGUGGUGACAUCCCAGACCUCGGCUUUUUUUCUGUCCAAAGGUUCACUAAUAGAAAACUACAAUGUAAAGAUGUGAAGUGGAAUUUUGCAGCCGUGACAGAGUCACGUAACAACAAAAAACCAAUGUGGCAUUAACGACAGUCGCCACCUGUGGAUUGCAGGUAAUCUUAGAGUGGAUUAAAAUUGGCCAUAAUUCAUCACAGGAGCGAUUCAGUCACUAAUAUCAGCUUAGUCUCUGUGUGUUUUCUUCCAUGAUAAAACGUUUAGAAUUAAGUUUAGAUGUGAAAGCAUUCAUGUCAUCUAAGACCUUUUUGAGAUUACGAGAUUGACGUGUCUUCCGAGAUCUCCAAUGACCUUUGUCGUUCUACUUAGAUUUUUACAUCUUGUGCAUGAACACCACAACCACUUUGAGAUGGAUCCCUUUCCUAUGCUGUGAGCGGGUAAAUGUACAUCCACAAACUUUGAAAGUUGCUAGCAUUUUCGAGUUUUGCAGAAUUAUCAUUGGUUCCUCGGUUUUAAUUGCUUUCUUGAGUUCAAGACAAUGAUUUGAUUGGCAAAGUUCUAAUUUAUUGUUACUAGUAGUGUUGUUGUUAGUUUGUGAUAUGUAAUGAUAUUAAAGAUAAAUAAGUUCUACUUGAUCACAUUGAACAAAAAUUCGAGUCAAUCCAUAAAUGUGUAUA